CGAAAUUAAAUUUGGUGACAGUUUUAUUUAUGAGAGAGGAGAGAGAAAAAGAACCAAACCAACCAUAUCCUAAUUUGUAGCUAACUACUACUAGUUAGCUACACAGUACAUUACGCACGGUUUCUUGUUUCUUGUCUUCCAAUUUAGCAUUAGAUUAGAUUACAUUUUUUGUUUCAAAUUUCUCACAAAAAAGUGUUGUUGGUGUAACUGAAACAACAACAACAACAACAAAUGGAGAUUGAAACGCAGCAGAAGAAUGAUGUCAAAGAUGAGGUUUUGUCGGUUGAACUUUCAGCUCCUCCUUCUUGGAAGAAACUGUUCUUCCCCAAGAAAGUAGGAACACCAAGAAAAAGCGAGAUCGUAUUCGUUGCUCCAACCGGAGAAGAGAUAAGCUCCAAAAAACAACUGGAGAAGUACCUAAAGGCACAUCCAGGGAAUCCUAACAUAUCAGAGUUUGAUUGGGGGACUGGCGAGACACCAAGACGAUCAACAAGGAUUAGUGAGAAGGUCAAAACAACUUCGCCACCCUCAGAAGCUGAGCCUCCGAAGAAACGUAGUCGAAAAUCAUCUUCAAAGAAGGAUGACAAGGAAACUGAAACUGAAUCCCCUGCAGAGGAAGGCAAAGAAAAGUCUUCCGCAGAAGAACCGAAAGGCGAUCCAAUCGAUGCCGAUAACAAUGUUGAUGAUAAAACAAAGAAUGACGAUGCAGAGGAAAUUAAGCAAAGUAAUGCAGAAGGUGAAUCUUUUCAAGAAGCUUUGAAUGCCGCGGUUGAUGAGGAAAUAGUUGAAACGCCAAAAGAAAACGGUACAAUUGACAGUAAUAAGCAGGAAAAAUCAAGUGGCACUGAGGAAAAUGAAGGAGCUGAGAAAGUGAGCCUCAAUGUUGAAGAUACUAAGGCAGAAGGUGAACUUGUUCAUGAAACUUUGAAUGUUGUGGUUGAGGAGGCAAUAGUUGAAUCGGAAAAAGAAAACGGAACAAUCGAUGGUAGUAAGCAGGGAAAAUCAGGCGGUGCCGAGGAAAAUGCAGCAGCUGAAAAUGCGAGUCACAAUGUUGAAGAUAUUAUUAAUGGUAAGAAUGAAAUUCCAGCAAGUGAUGAAAAACAAACCAUUCAAGGUGAGGAACAAGUGAAGAAAAUGGUUGACAAUGAAAGUGUUAUUUGGAGCUUUGCUCAAUGAAGUACUACUAUAGUACCAUUAGUAUUCAUCAGCUCUUAGUGUAGUCUAUGUAGUACUGGUAUUUUAGAUUGAAGGCAUGUUUGGUGUACGACACAUGUCGUCCGACACGACACUGACACAUGUGGCACAUUCAGUAAUUUCAUUGUCUCAAAUUGUUACCGGUGUGAGUGUUGUGUCCGAUUGUGUUCGUGCUUCAUAGGUUUUAGUUAUUUUUAUUUUGUGACGUUCUGGAUGACUGUAGUUUUUGUAUUCUGUGAUAACAUUUGGUUGUAUUUUAGGAGAUUAAACUUGUAUUGUAUUUUCUGAGUUAGAUUAGAUCUUUUGGUUUUCCAUAGAGCAUAUCUGAAUGUAGAUUGUUGACUUUUGUCACAUUUUUAUGUGAACAAUAUUAGGAAUUUAAUUUUAUUUUGGAUUUACUGACCUA